AUGUCGUACGAAACUGACAACUAUGACCAGCGCGACCGCUCUCCUCGCAGACGAUCCCGCUCACCGCGACGCUCCAGACGAUCAUACUCCCCUCGCAGCCGCUCACGCAGCCGAGACGACUAUCGCCGCAGUGAACGUCGUUCGCGAUCCCCGACGGGCGGUGCACAGGGAGCAGGAAGUUAUCAGUCAUACGGAGCUAGCCGCGGAGGAGCGCCUCGUUCGACGGAAAACAAGGACAACAUGAUGCAAAGCAUCCGCGACUCUUCUCAGCAGGAUCGCCGCGUCUACGUGGGCAAUCUUUCUUACGAUGUCAAGUGGCAUCACCUGAAGGAUUUCAUGCGACAAGCUGGCGAGGUUCUCUUCGCCGAUGUCUUACUGCUACCGAACGGAAUGUCAAAGGGCUGUGGCAUCGUGGAAUAUGCAACUCGGGAGCAGGCUCAGAACGCCGUGGCGACGCUCAGCAACCAGAACCUAAUGGGUCGGCUCGUAUACGUUCGCGAAGAUCGAGAGGCCGAGCCUCGCUUCACCAACCCCGGUUCCUCUCGCGGAGGUUUCGAAGGCGGCAUGGGAGGCCGUGGCGGAUUCCAGGGUGGUUUUGGUGGUCCCCCAGGAGGUGCGCCUGGAGCUGGUGGCAGGCAGGUCUAUGUUGCCAACCUACCCUACAACGUUGGCUGGCAAGAUCUGAAGGACCUCUUCCGCCAAGCUGCCCACACCGGUUCCGUUCUCCGCGCGGAUGUUCACAUCGCUCCGGAUGGUCGACCAAAGGGCUCUGGUAUUGUUGCCUUCGAGACCGUAGAUGACGCCAGGAACGCUAUCACUCAGUUCAACGGCUACGAAUGGCAGGGCCGCAACCUAGAGGUUCGCGAAGACCGCUUUGCUGGUAACACUGGCUUCGGUGGACGCGGCGGUUUCGGAGGCCGUGGUGGCUUCGCUGGAGGCUUCGGUGCUCGUGGAGGUUUCGGCGGUCGCGGCGGCUUCGGUGGCGGCUUUGGAGGACGUGGAGGAUUUGGAGGUGGCUUCGGUGGUCCUGGUGGACCGCCUGGAGGACCAGGUUUCGAUCCCAACGGUCCGUCCAACCCACCGAACCCCUUCACCGACUUCGCUGCUUCAGGCGGCGAGCCCAGCAACCUCAUCUUCGUCCGCAAUCUGCCUUGGUCUACCAGCAACGAGGAUCUUGUUGAACUCUUUACCACGAUUGGCAAAGUAACACGCGCCGAGAUCCAAUACGAGCCCAACGGCCGUUCUCGUGGAACCGGUGUCGUCGAGUUCGAGCAGAGCGCAGACGCUGAAACCGCUAUUGCCAAGUUCACAGGGUACCAGUACGGUGGCAGGCCUCUUGGGCUGUCAUACGUGAAGUACACCAACCAGAACAACGGCGAUGUUAUGGAGGGUACCGAGCACACCGGCGGCUUGACCCAGGACCAGAUCAUGUAA